UUAAUUCAGUAUGAAAUUUAGCUCUCACGAAUAACAGUCAAAGCGAAAUAUAAGCGGAUGACACACUGGCAGACAAAUAACAACAACAACGCCUUAUCAUCAAAACAAAAACACAAAAAUUUCGGCAUGUACGUCGCCGAUUAAUAGAUGAAGUCAAAAACAUUGUUUCUUACGAGCGGUUUCGGUUCAGGAAAUUCGAGAUAAUUGAUUUUUGUUUUUGCUUAAUUUCGAUAUACCUGAGUGGAUGAAUAGAUGAUAUUCACAUGCGGGGAGAUUGAAAGAAGUUAAAUUUGUUUUUGUCAAGUGAAUUGUGAAUUUAUAAAAUUAAUUUCUAUUGUGUUCCUUUCGUGGCCAGUCAGUCAGGUGUUGUUUUCUUGAAACUCACAACAUGUCUUCGCUGCUUCAACGAGCAAUUGCCACAACUCUAACCGGCGGCGGCAACAAAUUUCCCUCGUUUUCCAUUACAAAAACCAAAUCAACAACAAGUGCUCAACCAGCUGUCACAUUGGAGACGGCAACAGCCACUAAUGAAGUGCAAAAACUACAACACGCAAAGGCUAUGCCGGAUAAUCGGACGUCAACAGCUACCCUAACAGAUACAUUUGGCCGUUAUCAUACAUAUUUACGAAUUUCAUUGACGGAACGCUGUAAUUUGCGCUGUAAAUAUUGUAUGCCAGCUGAAGGCGUUACUUUACAGCCCAAAUCAAAUCUGCUGACCACAGAGGAAAUAUUCUAUCUUGCCCGCAUUUUUGUUGAACAGGGAGUGCGAAAAAUACGAUUGACUGGAGGUGAACCGACUGUACGUCGCGAUAUAGUCGAUAUCAUAGCCAAACUCAAGGAAAUACCAAAUUUAGAAAAUGUUGGCAUUACCACAAAUGCCUUGGUGCUGACUCGUUUGUUGGUGCCAAUGCAGAGAGCGGGCCUGGAUGCUAUCAACAUUAGUUUGGACACUCUAAAGCCAAAGCGUUUCGAAGAGAUUACGCGACGCAAAGGCUGGGAGCGUGUCAUAGCUGGCAUUGAUUUGGCCGUCCAACUGGGUUAUAAGCCUAAGAUCAAUUGUGUUCUCAUGAAGAACUUCAACGAAGACGAAAUCUGUGAUUUCGUCGAAUUCACCCGUGAUCGCAAUGUAGAUGUGCGCUUCAUCGAAUACAUGCCAUUUAUGGGCAACAAAUGGCAAACGGAUAAAUUGCUGUCGUUUGGUGAGACAUUAAAACUGAUACGCCAGAAAUGGCCGGAAUUUGAAGCCUUACCCAAUGGUCCUAAUGAUACUUCUAAGGCCUACAAAGUUCCAGGCUUUCAGGGACAAGUCGGGUUUAUAACCUCCAUGACUGAGCACUUUUGUGGCACCUGUAAUCGUUUGCGUCUUACGGCCGAUGGUAAUUUGAAAGUAUGUCUGUUUGGCAAUAAGGAAAUUUCGCUUAAGGAUGCUUUAAGGAACAACAUAUCGGAGGAUGAUUUAGUGGCACUGAUAUCGGCAGCAGUUAAAAGGAAAAAGAAGCAACAUGCAGUUUCCCAGACAUCAACAUUCUAUGGAAAUCAUCUUCAUGCCCCCCCUUAUCAAGCGAGUCCCACAUAUCCCUUUUCAUCGUCAUCAUCAUCAUCAAUAAUCCACUUAUUGAGUUCAAAUCUAAAACACAAACCCUUCACAGCUACAGCAGCUCGUUUCUAUAGUUCCGAUAGCAACUGCAAUAAUUUGACCCAUGUAGAUGCCACAGGUAAAGCAUCUAUGGUAGAUGUUUCCCAAAAGCCCAUAUCAACGCGCACAGCAGAAGCCAAAGCCCACAUAUAUGUUGGUGCCGAAGUUGCCCGCCUUAUACAUUCGAAUAAUCUCAAGAAGGGUGAUGUUUUGAGCGUGGCCCAAUUGGCAGGUAUCUUGGGUGCCAAAAAGACUUCGGAUCUUAUACCACUGUGUCACAAUAUCACCAUAUCAUCGGUAAAAGUCAAUGCUACCCUGGAUUUGGAUGCUCAUAUGGUUUUGUUGGAAGCUAAAGUUAGGUGUACUGGUCAAACAGGCGUUGAGAUGGAAGCUUUGACUGCGGUUUCCAUUGCAGCUCUAACCGUUUAUGAUAUGUGCAAAGCCAUUACCCAUGACAUGGUCAUAAAAGACAUACAAUUGGUAUCGAAAUCCGGUGGCCAGCGAGGAGACUUUCGAAGACAAUAAUUUUAAAUAUUUUGUAUAUAGAAUUACUAUGCACCUGUGUAUACGUAUUUAUAUUGUUUUUGUUAGGAAUUAAUAAAAAACAUAAUGCACUUUAAAAAAAAG